AGGUGUGACUGUACCCGGGAGCAGACAUGUCCACAGACAUAUGGGUGGGGAGCUGGCGCCCCCAUCGGCCCAGAGGACCAAUCGCUGCCCUGUACAGCAGCCCGGGACCCAAGUACGGGCUGCCAACGAAUGUAGGCUACCAACUGCACGACCCUUCUCGCUUCCGGGCUCCUGCCUACAGCUUCGGCACCCGCCGGUUCCAGCACCAAGAAAGCUGCUCGCCGGGGCCAGGCUACCUGGUUCCGCCCAACAUGACCAUGAAGGGGAAGGACGGCACUCCGGCAUACUCCAUCUAUGGGCGCCCCCGGGACGUCAUGCCCUUCAAGACUCCGGGGCCAGGAUGCUACAGCCCAGAGAAAGCCGGGAGAUUACCUACCCCUCAUGGCUCCGGGCACAGGGACCCAGCCGGUGCCCUCCCACGCGAUCGCAACAGCAUGCACCCGAAAGACAUGGAACACCCUUACAUCCAGAGUGUGGGAUCCAGGCCAGCGGCAUACGCGCUUCCCCCCAUGAUGGGGCCACGGGUGAUCGGCAAGAGCACAGCCCCCAAUUAUUCCAUUUAUGGUCGUAGCAUGGUGGGCAGCUUCUAUGAGGAUCUCAGCAGGGUAAGUGUCGUGGAAGAGCCUGCGUG